GUAGAAGGAGAAGGAGAAGCGGAGGAACCACUCAACGAAAGCUCCUCCAAAGUUUGAUGAAUUCAACCCCUUUCUCUCCCUCUCUCUCUCUCUCUCUCUCUGUCUAUAAACACUCUCCUCCACUCUCUCCUCCACUCUCAUCCAACAUCCACAAUCAAUCUCUCUGUCUCCUCUCCCUCUCUCUCUCUCUCUCUCUCUCUAACCCGAGCUCCUUCGGAAAUGGCGACUUCGUCGAGCACCGAAGUGUCCACGAAGCUUCAGCUCAUCGAGCAACAUCUCCUCGGCGAGUUCUCCCCGAUGGGAGCCGCCUUCCCGGCUCAUCUCGCCGCCGCCGCCGCCGCCGCCCCAUCCUCAUACUCCAUCGCUUUCGGACCCGCUAUCGAACCCUCUUGCUCCGAAUCUCUCUCCUCCGUCUCCUUCUCCGGCUUCGGUUGCCUCCCUAAUGAAGACCUCUUCGAGUUUGACGUCAGCUCGUUCGCCUUCGAGCAAAACCAGAGCGACAGCUUCGCUUUCGAAGCGAAACCUCAAAAGCUCGACUUAGUCCCUCCGGUGGCUGCGAAUUCGAGCUCGUCGAUGAGCUCCGAAACGGAGUCGUUCUUCGAGUUUGAAGCGAAACCGGUAAUAUUUGGCGAAACAGCCUCGAAAACCUCGCAAUCGAGCAAGAAGCCGUCGCUGAAGAUCGCGCUGCCGAGGAAAGUCGAGUUGCUGCGAUUCGCCGAGCCGAAUCAGACGGUUCAACAAGGUUCAAAUCAAGUGCGCGACGAGCAGAGGCACUAUAGAGGAGUCCGGCGGCGGCCGUGGGGGAAGUUCGCGGCGGAGAUCCGAGACCCGAACCGGAAGGGCACGCGCGUCUGGCUCGGCACCUUCGACACCGCGAUCGAAGCCGCGAAGGCCUACGACCGGGCCGCCUUCACGCUCCGCGGCUCGAAGGCGAUCCUCAACUUCCCUCUCGAGGCCGGCAAGACCAAGCAGCAGCCGCCGGCAGCGGCCCCGGCCGAUGGCAAGAAACGAUGCCGUGAGGAGGAGGAGAGCAAGGUCAUGGUGAAGAAGGAGAAGGUGGUGGAGUCAGAUGCAGGCAAGGGUAGGGACGUUCCUUUGACGCCGUCUAGUUGGUCGGGUACUUGGGACUGUGAUGUCGCGACGGGGAUCUUCGACGUUCCUCUGCUGCCGCCGUUAUCUCCGAUUCCGACGUUGGGGUUUCCGCGGCUGAUGGUCACGUGAGAAGUGUCUUUGUCUUUUUGCCUUCUGUCUUUGGGAGAGACGAUGUGCAUAGUUUGGUGAUGUUAGGAAUAGGUGCUCAGAAGAUGGUUAUUGAGAUGAAUGAUCACUUUGUCGUGUACGUAAUGCAUGGGAAAUGACAAUUUUUUGGCUUAAA